CGUCGAAGGGAGACUACGUUCUGAUCUCGAUCAUGGCUUCACGGGAUGUUCUAAGUUUAUCUCUUGAUGACAUUAUCAGAAUGAAACAGGGAGGGAGGGGAGGCAAAGGAGGGGGUCGGGGAGGAAGAGGAAGGGGUGGAAGAGCUCAAGCAGCAGCAGCAGCAGCAGCAGCAGCGCCGGCAGCAACAGCAGCGACAUCGAGAAGAAAUACUGGGGGUGUGAGAGGGCGAGGACGUGGGGUUCGUGUACUUUCAUCAAAGAUUAACAACAGAGGCAUGGCCCGUGGACGAGGCAAUGCAGCAGCACAAGGAAGGCAGCUUGUCUCGAGAGGAAGAGGUGCUAACAUAGCCGUGAGAGGGAGAGGGGCACAGAGAGGCAACGCCAGGGGCAUAUCCAGAGGAAGGAGACCCCUUACAACAAGACAAUUAGACAACACUGCAGUGGGUGCAAACAGACAGAUGAGAGGGAGAGAUGCAAUGGUGAGGCAACAGCUGAUGAAGAGGAAGAUCCAGCAGGCCCGCAGGACCUUGGCUGCGUCCCAGCAGAACAACAGAAAGCAGGCCAGGCUGAGUGCGAUCGAUGCAAGGAGGGGCAUGACGGGAGGAGUAAAGCAGACCAAAGGAAAUCUGGGGACUCCCCUAAAAGUGCGUGUGGGCAAUGGAACAGUGGUGAGAGGUCUGCGGUCUGACCAGCUCCUCCUGCACAAGAUCAGACAACGACAAAAGGUCGAUGUGUUGAAGGAUAAGAAGAUGAGGACGCAGCAAAUGAGAGACCCAUCAAGAGGCACUGGCUCUGUGGUGUCUCUCUCCUCACAGAGGGGUUUGACAGUCAGCAUAAAGAACAACAUCGCUUCAACACAGUCGGCCCAGAAUGGAGCCAAACCCAGACAGAGGCCGAGAUUGAAUAGAAACAGAGUGUAUCAGAACACUAACCCUGGGUACGCCCCACCUACCUUCACUGUUGUUAAUGAGCAUGUCCGCCAGCCGCCACCUGAGCCAAGCUUCCAGGUGUCUGAUAUGCCACGGAAGCUCACCAAGAGGAACAUCAUCACGAGCAGAGACCCACGAGCCAGGCUGGCAGCCAUGUCCACUGCUCCCCUCAUGGCCACCAUCUCCCAAGAGAACGUACGGUCUCCUCCAGAGCCUCACCGACAAAUACUGGACCCCAAAGUGCAGAAGGAGAUUGCCGUGCUGCAGGGCAAGGACGAGGUCACCCUCAACAGUGGCCCUGGACCUGGUGUGAAAGGCUUCCGCCAUGUCCCCAACCAAACCUCCAGAUCCCUCAAUGAACGCUUCACUGAAGAGCGGAUGGUCACUGCUUGAGCCCCUAUCCUCUCCCCAUCCUCAAGGAACUCAAGACAUUGUAUGUGGAAGAGAGUUUCAGGAUUUUUUAUUUUCUGUGUGUGCGUGCAUAUUAAAUUUGGAUGUGUUUUGUGGAGGUAGCGUUCGUUUUGACGAGAUACUGAUUGUUUCCCUGAAGGAUACAUUUUGCUUGUGUUGCAAUAGAUACUUUUGUGGUUUUAUCGUGCUGUGCAUGGGACAGUGCCUUUGAUGGCAAAUAUGCUAUAUAUUUAUUUUCCUACAGGAAGCUAAUACCAUUAAGAAAAACCUAAUUCCGAAGUGUCACUAAGUGCACUUCUUCUGUUUUAAAGACUUCUUAAGUUUUGUUUAUAAAAGUAUGUUUUAGAGAGAGUGGCCGUGGCUGUACCUAGGUUUCAUAGAACUAUGUUUAUAUGUGUGUAAAUAUUUUGACAGAAAUUGAAAUUGGUUUUGUAUACAUCAUUCAGAUGAUAUAUGUAUUUUCAUAGGAAUGAGUAGUAAUGAUAAAAGUAUUUUUGUUAUAUUGUUUUUUUAUUUAUGUAGGAGAUUUUUUUUUUUUUUUUCUCAUUUGUCUUUUGAAUUUAAAUCCAUUAUUUCAGAUUGACUCAUAUGUGUAUAUAAGGUAACACACACACACACACACACA